UCUACCAGAGGAUAUGAAUCGUCCCAACUCUUUGAGGGAAGUAAUAAUUAAAGGCUGUCCUAAACUGAGGGAAGGAUGCAAACCAGAAACAGGUGAAGAUUAGUCCAAGUUUUCUCAUAUCCCAAACAUUCAACUUCACAGAGAGAUUAUCAAGUCAAACGAAAAUUAGGAGGGGUUAUUCAUUUUAGUUCUUCAAUGUAUUAAGCAUUGAUGUGGAAUCUAUUGUCUUCAUGUUUUUCAGGAUUAGAUGACAGGGUGUUGAUAUUUGUGAUGCAAAACAAUGUCUUUAUGAUUGCCAGUAAUGUCCUUGAAUUGAGCUGUCUUCAAAGAAACCUGGCCUAUCCCUCUGGAUAUCUUAGAAAUGUCGUGAUCAGUGUUAGCAUGCCAUCUGACAUCGAAGAAUAUAAAAAGUUUAUAGACAAUGGAUUUGGUUUUCAACAACUUAAUUGUCAAAGCCCAAGUGCUUUGUUCAGAAUUGAUACUCUUACUUCCAGGUUUCUUGGAAACAAUGGCCGAUCAGGAACCAUUCCUCAGCAAAAGGCUGUAUAUCCUAAAAACAUGAAUCUAGCGGCCAGCAAUUUCAUUUUUGAUAGCUCAAACAUCUGUAUUCUCCCCGGAUUGAAUUGUCUGCUGAGAAAUUUCCCCUGCAGUAAGAAUGCUCCGUGUUGCAAUCAACAGAUUCAACACACAUGUUCAAAAUGCUAGCUCACAAGUGACUGGCACUGUAGCCCCAAAGCUUUAUCAGUCUUCAAGGCAAUCCCCUGAAUCACUUAGAUAUUAUGGACUUUGUCUGGAAAAUGGACCUUACAAUGUAAGCUUCUCCUUUGUUGAGGCAACCUUCUUGGUGAUCAAGGCUCACAAACAUGGAAGAGUCUUGCAAGGCUUGUUUUUACUAUCUAUGUUCAGGGAACUCUCCAAUUAAUAAAAAUUUGGCAUAUCAAAAGAAGCAGGCGGAAAUAGGAGAGCACUUGCCAAAGAAAUGUAAUGUUAAUGUAUCUGAAAAGUAUCCUGAAAUCCAUCUUUCUGGUUGGUAAAGGGACUUGUUGCAUCUUAGUAUCAUUCCAAGUACAUUAUGUGAUUCCUUUGGACAUUAUAUGCUUUAAGAUGAGUUAAUGACAAAUAUACAUUAUAUGUUUUCUGAUA